CCUGUGUCCAAAGCCAAAGAUCAAGCGUAUCAGGGGGUGGCUUUCGGGGUUAGGACGGACGUCGGAUCUGUGACGACAGCCAUUACCAAAGUCGCCAACCACGGCAAGCACUCCCCCGGUCUGGUCUGCACUCGCAAUGCCACCGUGAAGAUGCUGUCGUUUAUUUUGAUUCAAAACCGCCAGGGCAAGACCCGACUUGCGAAAUGGUACGCUCCGUACAGCGAUGAGGAGAAGAUAAAGCUCAAGGGCGAGGUCCACCGCCUCGUGGCGCCGCGCGACCAAAAGUAUCAAUCCAACUUUGUCGAGUUCCGCAACAACAAGCUUGUGUACCGGCGGUACGCGGGGCUCUUCUUUUGCGCGUGCGUGGAUACAAACGACAACGAGCUCGCCUUCCUCGAGGCCAUCCACUUCUUCGUCGAGGUGCUCGACGCAUUCUUUGGCAACGUGUGCGAGCUCGACCUGGUCUUCAACUUUUACAAGGUCUACGCUAUCCUAGACGAGGUUUUCUUGGCUGGCGAGAUUGAGGAGACGAGCAAGACGGUCGUGCUCACGAGGUUGGAGCAUCUGGACAAGUUGGAGUGAAGGAGGAGGGUUGAAAGGGGUGUCGGGUGUCGGGUUGGAUACUCGCGGUUCAUGGUUGAUUUGACACGGCAGGUUCGGAAUAUGGCGUGCGUCAUGUCGAGAGCAAGUCGAUACCUAUCCUGCGGACGAUCAGUGUACGGAGUUUUGCCCUGGCCAAAUAGGGAUAUGGUCAGUUUGGCGUGUAGUCAAUUCUGCCACCGACCAUCCCAAACAACGGCCUGCGUAGUCACUGGUCGCACUAAUCUUUCUUUUCCUAUACGCAUGCACAAGUAUGAAUCUAUGCCAUGGGCAAGAUAGGCGGCAAACAGGUCGGUAAUCGGCCUGCGUAACCGAGCAGGCAGCUGUGUAGUGGAUCUGAUGUUGAACUGGUCGAAAACGGCAACUCUGCAAAAAAGAUCAGCUGCCUCUCAAGCUUGCCCCAAGAUAUAAGUUACCCAGGUAUUUUCCUCCGCCAGAAAACCAAAGAAGGGUUUCCUUAAUCAAUCAACCACAAGUUUUAUGAAUGGCACCCAGAUCCUUGGAGCCUCGGGCCUAGUAACCAUGCUCAAACGCAUCAAGGACGGAUAAUCCGAGCUCUCGAGGCUCCCGGGACCUGCUCCUUUUUAUCCCACAGAUCCAAGGCGCG